GUUAAAAGGAAAACGACAACGUUUGAAUGGAAAGUUUCGCCGGUGGCGGUGUUAAGGACGUGUACGGCGAGGAUAGAGCCACAGAGGAUCAGUUUGUGACACCAUGGAGUGUUUCUGUUGCUAGUGGGUAUACAUUGUUGCGAGAUCCUCACUUCAAUAAAGGAUUGGCAUUCACUGAACAAGAAAGGGAUGCACAUUACUUGCGUGGUCUUCUUCCUCCAUCAGUUAUUUCUCAAGAAACUCAGGUGAAGAGACUCAUUCAACUAAUACGGCAGUAUCAAGUACCAUUGCUGAAGUAUGUGGCAAUGAUGGAUCUUCAGGAGAGCAAUGAAAGGUUGUUUUAUAGGCUUCUUAUUGAUCAUGUUGAGGAGUUACUUCCUGUUGUCUACACUCCAACAGUUGGUGAAGCUUGCCAGAAAUAUGGCAGCAUCUUCUCAAAUCCUCAAGGUCUUUUUAUAAGCUUGAAAGAGAAAGGGAGGAUUCUUGAAGUUCUAAGGAAUUGGCCUGAGAUGAACAUUCAAGUCAUAGUUGUAACUGAUGGAGAAAGGAUCCUAGGUCUAGGGGACCUUGGCUGUCAGGGAAUGGGAAUACCAGUUGGGAAACUUUCUUUAUAUACAGCACUUGGAGGAGUUCGUCCUUCUGCUUGCUUGCCUAUUACCAUUGAUGUGGGUACAAACAAUGAGAAGCUGUUGAAUGAUGAAUUAUACAUUGGUCUAAGGCAUAAAAGAGCAACUGGCAAGGAAUAUGAUGAACUUCUGCAUGAAUUCAUGACUGCAGUAAAACAAAAUUAUGGAGAAAAAAUCCUUGUUCAGUUUGAAGACUUUGCAAACCACAAUGCUUUUGAUCUACUUGAAAGAUAUAGGUCAACACAUCUUGUUUUCAAUGAUGAUAUUCAGGGAACAGCGUCGGUGGUCCUCGCCGGACUUGUCGCGGCCCUGAAAUUGGUCGGAGGAAACUUAGCUGAUCACAAGUUCCUCUUCCUUGGGGCUGGAGAGGCUGGCACCGGAAUAGCAGAACUCAUAGCCCUUGAAAUAUCAAAACGGACAAAUAUUGAAGUGGAAAAAGCUCGCAAGAACAUUUGGUUGGUGGAUUCAAAGGGAUUGAUUGUUAGUUCCAGAAAGGAAUCACUUCAACAUUUCAAGAAGCCUUGGGCUCAUGAACAUGAACCUAUAUCAGAUCUGGUCAAAGCAGUUAAUCAAAUUAAGCCAACAGUAUUGAUUGGAACAUCAGGACAAGGCCAAACUUUUACUCAAGCAGUGGUUGAGGCUAUGGCCUCCAAUAAUGAGAAACCUAUUAUCCUAGCUCUUUCCAACCCAACAUCACAAUCAGAAUGUACCGCUGAACAAGCUUAUAAUUGGACUAAGGGACGUGUAAUUUUUGCUAGUGGAAGCCCAUUUGACCCGGUUGAAAUUGAUGGAAAGAAACAUGUGNGUUUGAUAAUGUCUGGAACAAUCCGAGUUCAUGAUGACAUGCUUCUAGCAGCUUCUGAGGCAUUGGCUUCACAGGUGAGCAAAGAGGACUAUGAAAAGGGGCUUAUAUAUCCUCCCUUCACUAACAUUAGAAAGAUUUCAGCAAAUAUAGCUGCAAAUGUGGCUGCUAAGGCCUAUGAGCUUGGCUUGGCCACUCGACUUCCUCAACCAAAAGAUUUGGUGAAGUUUGCUGAGAGCUGCAUGUAUACUCCAACCUAUAGAAGCUACAGAUGA